UCCAAUAAAUCCACUGUCCUGACUCCUGGCUGCCUUAUGUAUGCUUCUGCUGACUAUCUCAUGACCCCGCCUUGUGACUCUUGCCCUCAGCACCUUUGACUCUGACUCAGCCGUUUGACUCUGACUCCCCCGUUUGCCUUCGACAGGGCGGAGAAGUCUGAGGUGCUGACGGAGGACCUGGCCGCGUCGGAGCGUCGUGUAGAGAACCUGCGAGCCAGCUGCGGAGUCAUUCGAAAACGACUCACCGAGUCACUCUCGGGACAUGGCUCCGAUGAUGACUCCAAACGACUGCGGAAGAUGCAGGAGCAUCAGCUCGGGGCGGCCAUGAAGGAGGGAGCCGGGCACGUCGGCGCAGAAACCAUGCUCGGCGCCAUCAUGUCUGAAUGCGGCGAGGCUCAGCUGCGUCUGGCCGGAGAGCGGCUCGACUAUGAGCGGGCCCUGGAGCAGACCGUGCUGGACAACAGCGUGCUGCAGCAGCUGCUCGACACGGACAUACCCAACGUCACCAAGCUGAGGAAGACGCUGGCCAAGCUCACCCUGGAUAUGGAUGCGUCGAGGAGCAGGUACCAGAACGCCCAGCGUCACUCGGCUGGCCAGGUGGGAGCGGCCGGCUCACAGCAAAAGGUGGAGGCCACGCGCGACGAAUUGGAGGCGGCCCAGGUCAAGGUCGAACAGCAUAGGGACACCCUGGCCGGCGACAUGUUUCAGUUACUGAGCCGGGAGCCGGAGCUGGCCCAGCUGCUACUUCAUCUGGUGAAACUUCAGACGGAGUACUACCGGAGUAGUCUACAGCUGCUGGAGGGAACCAUACCGGCACUGCAGGCCAGCCUCAACGCGGCGGCUGUGAAGCCCGUGUUCGGCCUCUCGCUGGAGGAACACCUGCGGGUCUCUGGUCGCCAGGUGGCCCUGCCACUGGAGAUGUGCAUCUGUCGACUGCUGCAGAUCGGGGCGGACGAGGAGGGACUCUUCAGGGUGGCCGGAAGCACCUCCAAGGCGCGGAAGCUCAAGUCGUGUUUUGACGCCGGGUUGGCCAGUCCCGAACACAUGCACGAGUAUUUGGACGCCCACGUGGUGGCCGACGCGCUCAAAGCGUACCUCCGAGAUCUCCCGGAGCCCCUGAUGACCACCGAUUUCUAUGAUGACUGGAUGGCUGCGGCGCAUGUUCAGGACGAGGGCCAGCGACUGCAGGCGCUGUGGCAGGUGCUUCACCAGCUGCCGGAGACGCACUACACCAACCUGAGGUACCUCAUCAAAUUCCUGGCGCUGCUCUCCAAAAACAAACAGGUGAACAAAAUGAGCACGCAGAACAUUGCUAUCGUGAUGGCUCCGAACCUGCUGUGGACCCGCCUGGAGGAGGGUUUUAACAUGACGGCCACGGGCACUCACAGUCUGGUGGUGGAUUCGCUGAUACAGCACAGUGAUUGGUUCUUCCCAGAGGAGGUGGACUUUUUCAUCACCUACCCCCGUGAAGAACCCGCUGAGGUACCCCCGCCGGCGCCGGCACCGGACUCCCCCGUGCUCAGCAAUGGAUCCGUCCGCUCCUCACCCGGCCACCAUAGGAGCAAGAGCAGCGACAGCGGCGUGGUAGCAGUGGACUCGUCCGGUGUGGGGGAGUCCGCAUCGGGCAGCACCGCCAGCCUCACCUCGUCAGACCCCAGCGUACCGCACUGUGAGAGUCCCCGGCCAACCAUGCGGCGCAAGAAACAGGCAGCUCCACCGCCACCUACACAUCGGCAAACCAUCGCCGCCCCCGCCCCCGCCCCCGCCUCCGCCUCCCGGGCGGACCCGCCACCGGCGACGGAGCCAGAGGCGGAAAACAAACCUGAUCACACCGCAAAGCCAGAGCCGGCGACUUCAAAACCGGAGUCAGUGGCCAAGCCUGAGUCUGGUGUCAAACCAGAGCCUGCUGCAAAGCCAGAACCUGCAGCGAAGCCAGAGCCUGCAGCGAAGCCAGAACCUGCAGCCAGGCCAGAGAGUGUAGCGAAGAGCGAGGGCUCCUCUGUGAAGGCUGACCCGGCAGUAUCCGCUGCCGCCGCCGCCACCGCCGCCGCUGCCUCCCGGGCUGGUGUGGAUUCAGACUCGGGUCGCUCUCUGGCCGAUCUGGUCCAGAAGUCGGCCGCCAUCGCCGCCGGAGCCGCCAGCGCCGCGGCCGCCGUCUCUGCUGCCGCCGGCUCCGGCGCUCCGGCGCGGCCCGAGCCCGUGCGGCCGGCGCCCCCGGCGGGCCCGCCGCCGACAGCGCCGGCUGGUGGGGGGACGCCGAACCACGCGGAGACGGGUGCGGGCCAUCCGGUGCCGGCACCUCGUGUGGGAGGCCAGCCGGCGGCGUCGUCCGCGGGGAAGACGCCGAGACCUGAUCGGCCGCCGCCACCGGCUAAGCUUGUGGAGCGGGCGUCGAGCUUUAGUCCGAGCGACACUAGCGGCACGCAGCGGCAGAAGCCGGCACUACCCGAGCGGCCCGGUACCCUGCGAAGGACGCCGCGAAACUCGGCAGAGCUGUCGUCCAAGGACUCGGCGUCAUCGGAUGUUUCCACGCCGCCGUCAGCGGAUGGGCAGCCAGCCGGCGCGCCGCCGCCAAUCGGCUGGGCGGUACCGGCGGCGGCGGGGGCGGCGGCGGCCGAGCCCCGGCCCCGCCCCCGGCCCACGACCCACCCACCGACGGCGCCUCCCCCCGUGCCGGCCCCGCGAGCCGCCGCAGCCACAGCGACAGCGGAUACCACACGUCUGUGACGUCAUACGACAUACUGAUGACGUCACGGUGGUGAUGGCUCGCGUCUGUGAUGUGACAGAGUGACUAUGACAACUGAUGUGGCGAUGAACAAGUCAUGACGUGAACAAGACGUGAUGUGGCGCCUUCAUGACGUGAUGAUAGGUCUUGUAUAACGCACUGUUAUAUAACUAUCCAGUGACGCCUUUAGCGCUUGAAGACCACGUCACAAAAUGGACCAUGCGCUAUGCUUUUGGGCGUCAUACGUAACGUUUUGUGACCAAUGUGACGGUCAUGACCGUGACGAUCGUGACGGGAGGGAAGGCUAAGCUCGCAUUCCUCUCUGUGAUAGGCGUGACGCACGCUGUGGACCAGUCAGUACACGUGGCGUCCCUUGGCGUUCCGUGGGAACCCGUGGCGUCCCGUGGCGACCCGUGGUGCUCUCUGUCGGUUAUAUAUCCUGUCAAAAAGGUCGUCUGUCUACCGCUGGGUUGUGUCUAGAGCGAUGACCCGGUGAAGUCACGUGCAGGGCCGCGUGUGUGACGAGAGCGCGUGUGUGCGUGUGGGCUUGUGAUUAUGAAAACCGGUUGGUCGCUGGCGCGGGUCAUUGCCCCCUGAUGCUGCGUUGGCGGAGGCGGCGGCGGACCUGGAUUUCGUUCAGGUUCUUUUCCAGGUUUGGUUCCCGACCUGGUUCCAGACCUGGUUCCGGUUCUAGUUCCGCUAUAAUCCCGCGGUAACUAGGCCAGUGCACGGCUUAGAGCUUCUGUCAGUGCGACGGGAUCUAAAGCCUCCACCGCCCCGCCGCCGCCCCCGCCGCCGCUGUCUGCUCUGCUACAGCGCUGCAGAAUUGCCAGCCUUCAGCAGCAGACAUGCGUCCUUCAGACGCGGCGCGUAGUUCCCGCAGAGACCGACAGGGCGGCGCCACUGUCGCCUCAGCCGCGAACCUAUAUUUAUAUGUAUCCGCUCUAUGUCGCCGCAACUGUAAAAGUGCGGCGUAUUUAACGCACAAGCGGCGCUGAGUACCAUGGUGCGGGCCGUCAGUCUGCCUUUGCGAUCGUUUUUGCUUUGCUUGAAAUGUCUAAAUGUUGUUGAAUACUGAUUUUAUACGGAUUCGUAUAGCCUAUCGCGUGAUCUUUGUCGAAUCGUGAUGCUAUCAACACAAUAUACGCAAGUAUUCUAUA